AAACAACACAGAAAUCCGGCGAAUUAAAGCUAGGGUUUUUACGCCGCUCGCCGCCGAUGAAGGGUGGCCGAUUACACCGCCCGGAGCCCCCGGGAUCUCACGCCUCCGCAGCCCCGGCUGCGGCCGCGCCCGCCCCCACGCCCGCCGACGACUGGGUGGACGGCUCCUGGACGGUGGACUGCUCCUGCGGCGUCACCUUCGACGACGGCGAGGAGAUGGUGAGCUGCGACGACUGCAACGUGUGGGUGCACACGCGGUGCGCGCGCUACCUCCGCGGCGUGCACGCCUCCUUCUCCUGCCACAACUGCAGGCACAAGCGCUCCGCCGACGAGACCGAGGUCGCCGAGCUCCUCGCCGAGCUGCCCACCCACCGCCCGCCGCCGCUCUACCGCCGGUGGGCCGAGGUGCCGCUCCCCGCCCGCGUCCACGUCCACGGAGGCACCGACGCCGCCCUCUUCCGCGGGUCCCCGUCCUCCCCCGCCUUCUCCGCCGCGCUCUGGCGCUGCGCCGGCUACGUCCCCAAGAAAUUCGGCUUCCGCUACUGCGAGUUCCCCUCCUGGGCCGAAGACAAGGACGGCGCCGACACCCUUUUCGCCCUGGCCAGAGAGAAGCGGAAGGAGACGGCGCCGGCAACCAGAUUUACCCUCUCCCUUGCAAAUAAUAACGCUCAAACCCUAACCAAGAAGGCCGAAGGCAGUCCGCAGGCAGGCGCUGCCGGUACAAAGGAAGUUCCUCCUCGGACUGAUGCCAAGACGAAAGGAGCAUCCAAGAUCGCUACACAUGCCGAUGAUACACGGGAUAAUGGGUUUCAUCCGAAAGGGGAUGUUAACAUGCCUGAUGUUACGCAUAAGGAUCAGUUUGCCGACACAAGCAUGACCAAUUCUGAUUUUCAAGAAGUUGCUGAAGCCAGUAGGAAGGCAAUGGAAUCCUUGGAACCGAGCGGGGAGAAGAAGAGUUCCGAGGGAAAUCCAAGGGUGCUGAUAACGGAAGAACCCGAGGAGUCUAUGAGAUUGGAGAUCUCUUCUGGAGUUAGAACUACAUCAACUGUGGCAGAACAAGAAGUGCACUCACGAUCUGUCAAGGCAGAGGUUAACUCGUGUAGGAAACAAAUUGAAGGAAGUCAAAAUGUGGGCUUACAAUCCGGCAUAAUUGAUGCAGUUGCGGAAAUGGAUGGGGAUAUGCGAAUCCAUGCUGGUUCUGUGAAAGUGCAUGACGGGCCGUGUCUUCAGAAGCAAUCAAAUCAAGCUUCUUCAAAUCUGCAGGUUUCUGUUGGUGUACUAGCUUUGCCGACUCAGUCAAAAUCAAAGAAUAUUAAGAGCAAGGUUAAUUUUCAGGAUCAUGAGAGAACAAAGGCUACCCAGUCCAUUAAAGAUGAGCAUAGGAGUGAUACACAAGGUCAAGGGGUCAAUACAGGUUCUUUAACCGCUCAAAGAAAUUCAGCUAGGUCACACUCUGAUUCAGGCUCUGACCUUCCAAGUUCCGAGACAAAAAAUCAGAUGCACACAGUACCUGAACAAAACUCAGUUCCAGGUGCUCAGAAAGUUUGUACAGUGUCUUCUGGUCCUACCUAUUCCCAGAUAUCUCCCUCUUCAGUAUCAGCAGAGCCAUCAUCAGUAGGGAAGACUGGCCGUCUAAUGAAAAAGGAAGACACAAGGUUGGUUGCUCCUGCUGAUAUCAAACAUGAGUCUGCAAAGCAUUCUGCAGAGAGUUCCAAGGAAUUCAGUAGGCCCUCUGAGAAAGUUCAACCGAAAGGCUCUCUUUCUUCUGCAUCAAAAUCAUCUCAAACAAUCAGAUCAUCUGUACCUUCAGCCAAACAUAGAGCACCGUUAUCAAAGGAGCAGACCCACAAGACACCUAUGACAGGAGGCACCCCAGCAAGAUCAUUCCAUGGUGAAGUGACACCAUCACAUUCUCGUAAUAAGGCAAUGCCUUCUAACUUACCCCAGAAAAAAGAUAAGAUACACCACCGCUUUGUUCAUGUUACACAAGAUGGGUCUACUAAUUCAACAUCAACUGAGUUGCGAGCCUCUGAUGGGACAGCUUCAUUGAGCGAUGAACAGCUUGCGUUGUUAUUACAUCAACAAUUAAACAGCUCCCCCAGAGUACCAAGGGUGCCACGUGGCCAUCAAACAGGUAGCAUGCAGAUGCUACAUCAAACUGGAGCCAGUGUAUUCUCAAAACGAUCUUCAGCACAUGGAGGAAAGGAUCAAACACCGCUGUUAAAGAAGAGACACAAAGAUGAUAUUGCAUUGAGGGAUAAUGAUGACAGCAAGAGGUCAGGAAAGGUGUCUCUUGUUGAACGGAGGCAUAGAGAUUAUAGCACCGAGCAUACUCCUUCUGUGAAGGACUCAUGCAAAUUAGCUGACAAUAUAGCAUUGGAAGAGCAAAAUCAUGGUACAUGUUCAGACGAAGCUACCACUGGGAUAGCAAAGGACGAUCUGGUGGAUAGUGGUCUUCCACACAGUUUACCUGGAUUCAUUCAUGAAAUCAUCAGCAGGAACAGAAAUAUAACAUACGAAGAACUAUGUGAUGCUAUCGGUGAGCGUUGGAGAGAUUUCGUUAAACCCAAAGGAGAGGAUUAUGCAUAUUCCAGCUUUUUACAUGCUGUUGAUGAAUGUCUCAGGACAAAGAGCGAGUGGGCUCACCUUGUUUACCAGGCUCCAAAGGCGAAUCCAAAUAAGCGGCGUAAGGUGGAGAGCGAAUCUUUGUCGGCUGAUGCAAUGGAAACAGAGAAGACGAGAAACCAGUCUGAAAGAUACCCAGGAGAAGAGGGUAGUUCUGAGUCGCAACAAGGUCUGCCAAGGGGCAAACGGAAGGGUUGGAAACGCUCCCAUCAUGAAAUGAAAGCUUCAAGUGACAAGAACACGAGGAAGAGGCCGAACCUCAAUUCAUCCUCGGAGGAUACUGCUGCCUCCUUGUCUGCUUCCAGUAGCAACCCUAUGGAUGACGAGAGCCAAGAUAACUCUUCUGGUGGUGACAGGCAACCGAACUCUGCAGAUUCAGGCUCAUAGGGCGGUGCUGGUGCAGUGCCAUUUGCAAAUACAGAGUGCAUCUAACUGAUAGAGGAAACCACCGGAUUUCCUUUCUGUCCCUCAGAAUGUGAUGGUCCAUGUGUUCGUGCUGAGUUUGAGAGAAGCCGCGG